AUGGCCUCUUCGGUACAAAAGAAUCUCGUGGAAAGUAAUGCCAAGUACGCUUCGUCUUUCACCCAAGGCGACCUCGCGCUUCCUCCCGCAAAGAAGUAUGCCGUGGUGACCUGUAUGGAUGCUCGCAUCGAUCCCGCCGCAGCCUACGGUAUCUCCCUCGGAGAUGCACAUGUCAUCCGAAAUGCAGGUGGAAACGCCCGGGAUGCCAUUCGCUCUUUGGUGAUAUCAGAACAGUUGCUCGCGACACAGGAGAUAUUGCUCGUCAAGCAUACCGGAUGCGGUAUGUUGACGUUUGACAACACAGCUGCCCACGGCGUCGUAGAGAAGCAGCUUGGGAAGGAGGCCGCAAGCGAGUUGGCUGGGCUCGACUUCCAGCCCUUUCCGGAUCUCGAGCAAGGAGUCAAGGAUGAUGUGGAGUUUCUGAAUUCGAGCAAGGCAAUACCAGACUCUGUCACCAUCAGUGGUUGGGUAUAUGAGGUCGAGAGCGGCAAAGUCAGACAUGUCGUCUAA